CCGCCGCCGCCCGGCCCGCCCCGGCCCCGGCCCCUCCGCACCCCGGUGUCACCAUGUCUUCGCCUCCCGAAGGGAAAAUAGAGACCAAAGCUGGACACCCGCCCGCCGUGAAGGCUGGUGGGAUGCGAAUUGUGCAGAAACACCCACACACCGGAGACGGCAAAGAGGAGAGAGACAAGGAUGACCAGGAAUGGGAAAGCCCCAGCCCCCCCAAGCCAACUGUGUUCAUCUCCGGUGUCAUCGCCCGGGGUGACAAGGACUUCCCCCCAGCAGCUGCACAGGUGGCUCACCAGAAGCCCCAUGCCUCCAUAGACAAGCACCCUUCCCCGCGGCCCCAGAACAUUCAGCAGCCUCGCAAGUGACCUGGUGUCACUGGGUGCCGGCUCUCCACGGCAGCGCCUGGCCACCUCCAUUCACACUGCAUGACAGCCAGCAUCAUCUUCGGAAAACAGCUCUCUUCGAGGUCUAAGGCCAAGCAGAGCCUCCUGCCUCUGUCUUGUAUUUGCUGUUUCAAACAAGAAACAGCUCAAGCCCCCAACUUUGUGGGGCACCACUGAAGGGUCACUGUACCUCCCAGAAGUGCCAUUAGCAACCGCCAAGCCCUAAUUAAAAAAUAGCCUUUCACAAGGUAGCGUG